UACCGCGUAUGUGUUUUUUUAAUGGAGUUUUUAUUUAAUCUGAACAUUUUGCAUUUACAUAAGCGGUCGGCCAAUCACAGCAAGUCAUCUGAACGUUUGACAAGCAGGUGGACACAAGCUUUUAAUAUGACGUUUUUUUAACUGAAUGGCAAAGAGCGCAUGUCUUUAUUUUGACUAGCAUGAAAGCUAAAUGGGACACGGACCGCGGAGUGAAGAGGAAAGAGUGUGAAAGAGCGCACAUGUCAACUGCGCUUGCCCGCAGAGGCGCACUGAAGCAGCAGGAGAGCAGAGGAUUCUCCACACGACGUUAGGGCUCGCUGAUGACCUCACGGAGAAGACACCUGAUCGCUAAAAGAGCACAGGUUUGAUUACACCGAGGAAUUGAAUUACCUUCACCUGUUUCGGCGCUGCAGUACAAACUAUGUCAAAUCUGAUCUGCCAAGUCAAAAGGCCACUGACGGCCCCACGGGGGCUCUGCUUGAAAAAACACCUCUUUCAUCAUCUGCCAGGAGAUAACAUGAUUGUGGAGCACAAAAGCCUGGAGAGAUCUUAACAGUGUGGAUAUGAUGUAGUGCUCCAACAUGAGUUGAACCAACGCUCACAGAAUCAGGGAUGGAAGUCAUGAACUUUACAACCGUCAUCGACAGCAACUUUUCGGACGAGGCUUCCUCCAGUCGCGUCCUGACCGGUUGUUUCCUUUCACUGCUCAUCCUCACAACCUUGUUGGGGAACACGCUGGUGUGUGCGGCCGUCACUAGGUUCCGCCAUCUGCGCACUAAAGUGACUAACUUUUUUGUCAUCUCACUCGCCGUGUCAGACCUCCUGGUGGCCAUCUUGGUCAUGCCGUGGAAGGCGGUGACCGAGAUCGCCGGUUUCUGGCCCUUUGGCUCCUUCUGCGACACCUGGGUGGCCUUCGACAUCAUGUGCUCCACAGCUUCUAUUCUCAAUCUUUGCGUAAUUAGCUUGGACCGCUACUGGGCCAUCUCCAGCCCUUUUCGCUACGAGCGCAAGAUGACGCCCAAAGUGGCAUACGUGAUGAUCAGCGUGGCGUGGAUGCUGUCUGUCCUCAUUUCCUUCAUUCCGGUGCAGCUCAAGUGGCACAAGGCUCAAACGACAUCUUUCACCUCGCUCUCUUCCCCCUCCUCAGCGUCUUUCAGAUCAAAUGUCACGUCAGAGAAUUGCGACUCCAGCCUGAACAGGACCUACGCCAUCUCCACCUCUCUCAUUAGCUUUUACAUCCCCGUGGCUAUUAUGUUGGUCACCUACACCCAGAUCUACCGCAUUGCCCAAAAGCAAAUCAGAAGGAUCUCAGCUUUGGAGAGAGCGGCCGAGAGCGCCAAGAACCGACACAACAGCAUGGGCGGAGGUUCCAGCAUCGCUGAAUCGGAGAGCUCUUUUAAAAUGACCUUCAAGAGGGAGACCAAGGUGCUGAAGACCCUGUCGGUGAUCAUGGGCGUGUUUGUGUGCUGCUGGUUGCCAUUCUUUGUGCUCAACUGCAUGGUGCCGUUCUGCGAAGAGUCCAGCGGAAGCGAGGCUUUCCCGUGCAUCAGCCCCACCACCUUCGAUGUGUUUGUGUGGUUUGGUUGGGCUAAUUCCUCCCUCAACCCCAUCAUAUAUGCCUUCAAUGCAGAUUUUCGCAAAGCAUUUUCCAUCCUGCUGGGCUGCCACAAACAAUAUCCAGGAGGCCACAACAUCGAGACAGUCAGUCUAAACAAAAAAUGACUCAUAACUCCCUCACAGCACUGACUCAUCCGCAGAGGGGUCCAAGCAUCCCCCCUGUUAAGGCCGGUCUGAUUGCCUUCAAACAGGGAUGCUGCUCUGUGUGUGUUAGAGUGACUGAAGGAUGAGCUGGCCCCACAUGCACCCUCGUUGCACUGGGCAAGUGCCCCACUCCAGGCAGACUGUCAGAGUGAGCACGCUCACUUCAUGAUAAGCGAGAGAGCGAGAGAGAGAAAGAGAGAGAGAGAGAGAGGAGGGGAUUUGGGGAUUGAGAUUAAGACUGUUGUGCCAGGCAGUGCAACAGUACUGAAACGCACUGCAAAAGAUAAUCCCACGACUGGGCAGCAUGCACGUCCUAAUGUUGCCAGACGCUGCUCUCUUCAGUACCAUCCCACACAUGCCAGCCAGAUAUGAUAGAUUAAGAAACUGUGUCAGCAACCGGCUUCUGCGGUGGAAACUAAGUCCACCAAAGAGAUCCACACAUCAAUUACUAUUUAGCCAACUCAUUUAAUAAUGUUGAUUUUAUUAGAAGGCUUUUGCAACCUGUGAACCUGUGAUCUGAAAUUAUGACUACGGGCUCACACUGAAUCCGUCGCGGCUCUGGUCCAAAGUGGCAAAGUGCCACUCACACUGACUCCAACAGGCACGGCAGCGAGCAUCCGCUCUAGUUUGCGGAAAGCAUGACAACUAGCCUUGUGAGGAAGUUCUUGUAAACAAUAGCCCACUUUGCCUGCACAUUCACUAACGAAAUGAUGGAACUAGAUGUAGGGUUACAUGUACUGUUUGUGGAUUUAGGAAUACAAACCAUUUAGUACAUUUUUCUGAUGGUGUCUACUACAAAAAAUGAUCUGUUAAAAAGGUGUACUAAUAAUGACAAUAAAGUUUUUUUUGUUUUUUUUUAAAUGAGAUACUCUGCGACCAAGUGGUUAGCACACAGGCCUCACAGCUAGGAAACCCAAGUUCAAUUCCACCAUCGGUCAUCUCUGUGAGGAGUUUGCAUGUUCUCCCCGUGCAUGCGUGGGUUUUCUCCGGGUACUCCGGUUUCCUCCCACAUUCCAAAAACAUGCUAGGUUAAUCGGCGAAUCCAAAUUGUCCAUAGGUAUGAAUGUGAGUGUGAAUGGUUGUUUGUCUAUAUGUGUCCUGUGAUUGGCUGGCCACCAGUCCAGGGUGUACCCCGCCUCUCGUCCGAAGACAGCUGGGAUAGGCUCCAGCAACCCCGCGGCAGAAAAUGACUGCGGUAGAAAAUGACUGAAUGUAUUGGUAUGUUGAUGAUAUGAUAUGAGAGUGCUGCAGCGUCCGUGGUGUCCGGAAAAAACUGAUUCUUUCCAUUGUGCCGUACGGCCGACGCAGCCUGAGCUGCACCGCAAGGAGCUGGUGUGAGUCUACAAAAUGGAUUUCAAUCUUGCGGGAUGCUUCCGCAACAGAGCCGUGACGGAUUCAGAUUGAGCCCGGGCUGAUGGCGCAUGUACAGGCAUGGAUUUAGUGGCACAAUUCCAGAAUUUGAACUAUUAAAUAUGGUGCAAAAUGCCUGCAUAGGUCAUCAGUUAGUUGAGGCAACCUGACUUUUCUUACUUUUCAACUUCAUUUCAAAAGUAUUUUUCAGUUAAUAACGGUUCAGUGUGGAGUCUUCCUAUUUAUGUCUCUGGUGGGUGUGUCCGCUGGGGCUGGUCCCAAUAGGAUUGUUGUUGUGGUUAUCACAUUCCGCUUCCUGUUUCUAUUUUCAAGUCAGGUCGAACUUUUUAUAGCACAUUUAAAACAACCCAGGCUGACCAAAGUGCUGCACAAGCCGUAUAAGAAAAUUUGUCUGGCAGAAAUGACACAAAAUCGUCAAUUUACGUCAAACUGGAAAGGCCCUCUCACAACAGAGGACGAAGUUUGUGCAAUUAUCUAUCAUCAACAAUGUCCUGACAUCUCUCCCCCAAUGAUUGUCUCAUUCCAUGGGAAGCGUGUCUACUAACAAGCUGACCUAUUGUUACUGAUGAUCAUUCACAUCAACAACAACCCUACUGUGACAACAAGCCUCCCCCCUAGAGGCCACACCCACCAGUGACAUAAAUAGGGAGACUUCAAAUGAUGAACUUAAGAAGCCUUUGGGAUUAAAGGUAAAAAGUCCAGUUGCCUCAAUUCAACCUUUGCAGAUGCUCAGAAGUGCAAAGAACACUAAACAAGGAAAACUGAUUGCAGUGGAGUAAUGCCGCAGUUACUCGGAUUUAACCACCCUGACCCCAGGUCAGUCCUGACCAACAAAACUGUAUGUAAUGUUUAAUAUUGCUUUUAUUUAUUAAUUACCGUUUAGUUUUGUAUUGCCACUGCAACAUUUCCAUUGUUGUGUUUACAUGAGCUUUGCGCAUGUGCACAUGGUUUGAUGUGGAUCACUAAAUUGAAAUUGUUCUUUAAAAAAGUAAGUUUAACUUCAUAAUUUCUGCUGCUAUGGUUGAAGUGUUUUUAUGGACAAGUGUCUCAUGUUGAUGUGUGUUUUAGGAAAAAAGCACAAGACUAAAAGACAACCUUUGCUUGACUUAGUGUCUUUUUUUUUUGUUUGAUGUGUGUUUGUUUCGGGUCCAAUACAGAUGUAUAUUUUGUUUUAAAUUGCUCACAGUGAACAAUUAAACACUUCUGAAUUGCAACACGGUCUUAUGCUAUCACUCAAAGCCUCCACAAUAUGUCACAUAUAUAAUUACUUUAACAAU